AUGCCAGUCAGCGCAAUGCCAAGAGGUCGGUCUCUCAGUCCGGUAUCUCUGUCCCGCAGUCUGUCUCGGCUGAGAGAGUUUCGGACUCGGACUCGGAUCAUGCUCUCUCUGGGAGUUUCUCAGAUGGUUUUGGGGAGUCUGAUUUUGGCUGUCAGUUUUACCGCCUUGGCCCUCACUACCUCGCCUAGGGUUAGACACUCGUGCCCUUUCUGGGCUGGCUUCUCGGUGCUGCUGUCUGGACUGAUUGGAGUGGUAUCAUGGAAGAGGCCUCUCUCUUUGGUGAUCACUUUCUUCAUGUUGUUGUCAGCAGUGUGCGUGAUGCUUAACCUGGCUGGAUCCAUCCUGUCCUGUCAGAACGCCCAGUUGGUUAACUCUCUGGAGGACUGUCAGUUGAUUAAAUUUGACAGCGAUGGUGUGUGUGUGUGCUGUGAACUACAGCACCAAAGCUCCAGCUGCAACAACCUAGGGGAGACCCUUAAACUCAACCCCCUGAGAGACUGUAACACCAUACGUCUACGGCUAAAGGAGCUGCUUUUUAGCGUGUGUGCUCUGAAUGUCAUCUCCACCAUUGUCUGUGCUUUAGCCACAGCUAUGUGCUGCAUGCAGAUGGUGUCUACGGAUGUGCUGCAGAUGUUCAUGCCUCACAGAGCACAUGCAUUGAGUGCUGAUUGUAUGACCCCUCAUGGCACCAUCCUUCACCAGACGCUGGACUUUGACGAAUUCAUCCCACCCAUCCCCCCACCCCCCUACUAUCCUCCAGAGUACACCUGCACUCCCGUGAUGGAGGGCCAGAGAGGGCUUCACCUGGACUUCCCACACUCCCCUUUCAGUACCAUCUAUGGUGUGCCUAUCAACAGCCCUGGCACUCUGUAUCCCACUGAGCUGCCUCCUCCUUACGAAGCAGUGGUGGGACAGACCCCCGCUAGUCAGGUCACCACAAGUUUGGAACAGCAAGUAACUGAGUCCAGUCUGUGUGAGAGAAACACUACGGCUGGACUGAGCACUCAGGCCUCAGUGGACAGUGCUUCCCUCAUGGUGUCAGAGAUGGUGGACCUGCCAGACCGCAGCUGUUCCUCUGAAGACCUGUGUUCUCUGGAAGUGCAGGGUUCUGACUGCUCCCCAUUCGACACUCUUCGCACUGCACCCAACGACGGCAGCUGCACCAGCCUAGAACAGAGCGCCCACUCUUCUCUGUGUCAGCCUGACCAUGCUCACAGAGACAACAGGGGCUGCAGCGAGUCCUCCGUCACCCAGGACUCAAUGCCUCGUUCACCUGAGUGGUCACAUGAGAACAUCAGCACACUGGAGCAGGAUGAGAGCAAAGGAGCACUACAUAAUCAACUCAGAGAGAGAACCGGUCAAAAGCUGACUAUACCCGUUCCAACAUCUUCACAAAGCUCUUCCACCUCUCUUGGUACUUCCACAGUAGGUGUAGCUCCUGCCAACAGCCCCUCCACCUGCCCCUCGUCGUCCACCCAUGGACGGACCCACGGGCCACGGCUCUGCUUCAGUGUCUGGUCCCCUUCCUCCUCUUCAUCUCUGACCUCACAGCCAGCCUCUACCUCUGCACGGAGCAGCUCCUCCACCAGUGAGAGACCACGACCACUCCGAGCUGCAAGAAAGUACCAAAAGUUGGCCAGGAUUGUUCGCUCCACCAGUGACCCCAUCUCCUGUGCCUCCAUGUCUGGAAGUAUUGGCUGUGCUUCCGCAAGUUUCCAGCACCCUGGAGACUCUCCGCAGACCCCACCUGAUCAAGGGUGUGUGACAGAUGGGACAGGGACUCACCAAGUAUCAGGUAAACACAACACUCACAAAGGCAAGAGACAGAGAGAAGGAGGUAAAGUGGAUAUCCGCUUCAAACCUCAUGCACAGCAUUCAGCUUCAAGUGAGCGUCCACACUCUUUGGCGGACUUCAAGACCUACAAAGACACCAAAAUCCUGGUGGCCAAAUUCCUGGAGCAUUCCAGCUGCAGUCUACCUCCAGAAGUUCAGCAAGUGGUCAAUAGCAUCAAGUUUGUCAUCAAGUCUGAUGAGAGACACAUGGAAGAGGCUAUAUUCAGUGCCAAUAUCAUUGAUCAGGUAAUGACACAGUCCCAGCAAAUCAUUGGCAGUCCAAGGAAACAUCUGCAUGAGGAGUUGCAUUUACAGAGCUGUGGGGCAUUGAGUUCCCCAUCAUCUCGCCGUCCGCAGCGUGAAUCACACCAGUCUGAACCACCUGGUUCUCCCAACCUUCGACUCACUGAACGCCCUCAAAGCCUUUUCAAUGUAUGCAGAGAAACCAUACUCUGA